CUCCACCGUCCAUUCUCCAUCCGAACCGCGCCACCACCCGCCGCCCUCAUGGCCACGGCCGCCGCCGCCGCCGCCGCCGCCUUCUCCCCGCUCCGCCGCCGCCUCCCGCUUCACCACCGCGGCCGCCGCCUUCUCGCCGUCGCGGCCGCCCUCUCCCCGGAACCCCCCGCGCCUACCCCCACCACCUCGCCGCCUCCCCCGCCCCGCAAGGGCUACUUCCCGAAGCGCAACGAGGUGCUCGAGCUGACAUGCGAGGGGCUCGCGUUCAAGGGGAAGGGCGUCUGCAGGGUGGACGGCUCCACCUUCGUCCUGCUCUGCGACGGCGCGCUCCCCGGGGAGCGCCUCCUCGCCCGCGUCCGCCGCAUCCGCCGGGGCGCCUUCGCCGAGGCCGCCAAGCUCCGGACGCUCGAGCCCCACCGCGACGCCGUCGACGCGCCAUGCCCGCUCGCCGCCGACUGCGGCGGCUGCAAGGCCCAGUCCCUCGCGUACGCCGCGCAGAUCCGCCACAAGCACCUCCAGGUCCGCGAGCUGCUCGUGAACUUUGGCAAGUUCGAUCCCCGGAAGAUGGAGAGCUCGGAGCCCGAUGCUAUCUUGAAACCCAUCGUGCCGUGCGACGAGAUAUUUCGGUACAGGAACAAGAUGGAGUUCUCUUUUGGAACAAAGAGAUGGAUGCAAAGAGAGUGGAAGGAGGAGAAGGAUGAUGAGGUGGUGAAGGAGGAAAAAGUUGAAGGUGAUGGCUAUUCGCUUGGAUUGCACGCGCCAGGGUUCUUCGACAAGGUGCUGCAUGUCGAGAAAUGCUUGCUGCAGAGCGAGCCGGCAGAUAAGGUUCUUGCCAUUGUUCAAGAAACAUGGUUGGAUCCAGCUCUUGGUCUCACACCUUAUGAUGUGCACAAGCAUGUUGGAUUUCUCAAACAUCUUAUGAUAAGAACUGGAAGAAAUAUCACCACUGGAGCUCCAGAAGUCAUGGUUAAUUUUGUCACAUCAUGUUAUAAGCCAGAGCUAUUGGAGCCUCUUGUUAACAAUAUCACAAAAAUACCAGAAGUGGUCAGUAUCAUGAAUAAUGUGAAUACGUCUGUUGGCAAUACAUCUGUGGGGGAAGAAGAAUAUACCUUGUAUGGGAAACCAACCAUUACAGAGAUGUUGAGAGGACUUACAUUCCAGAUAUCUGCCAACUCCUUUUUCCAGACUAAUACAAAACAGGCUGAUGUUCUGUACAAGCUUAUUGGGGAAUCUGCUGGGCUUAAGGGAGAUGGCUCUGAGAUUAUCCUUGACUUGUUCUGUGGAACCGGAACCAUUGGUCUUACCCUUGCUAGAAGGGCAAAGCAUGUCUAUGGAUAUGAAGUAGUUCCUGAAGCCAUUGCAGAUGCUAAAAAGAACGCUAAGCUGAAUGGUAUCAGCAAUGCUACAUUUGUUCAGGGAGACCUUAAUAAAAUCAAUGAAACAUUUGGGAAGGAAUUUCCGAAACCUGACAUAAUCAUAUCAGAUCCUAAUCGGCCAGGGAUGCAUAUGAAGCUAAUCAAGUGGCUACUAGAAGUUAAAGCCCCUCGAAUAGUGUACGUUUCAUGUAAUCCAGCUACCUGUGCACGGGAUUUGGAUUACUUAUGUCAUGGUGUGGAGGAAAAAGAUUUGAAAGGAUGCUACGAGCUGAAGACUGUAAUACCUGUAGAUAUGUUCCCCCACACUCCUCAUAUCGAAUGUAUCUGCGUGCUGGAGCUGUGUUGAUUGUCAGUUCUGUUCAUCCAAAAGAAACCACAAGGAUUUCAAAUGCUUCAUCUUGCCCUCAUUUCCUGACAACUAGACUUGCAGGUCGGAAAUUGGAUCGCAGUCUGCAAAGCCAUGUUGUUGGUGUUUUUACAAGAUAUAGAGUAUUCAUUUACUGAAACUCCCACAUUGGGUUUUAUAGUUGUGGAGGACGCAGCUUAGCUGAAUGAGUUCUUCAAUUGACAUAUCUCAUGCGGAAGAGAAGAGAGGUUCUCUUAAAGAACAAGCAGAUGGGAAGAGGCAACCAAACUACCAAAGUUGAUGUAGUUCCUCAUCCUCAAUUGUGAUUGGAGCUACCCAUGCGUCAAUGAAAUGUUGUCAGAUCUUUUCUUGUGUGAAAAUUUGUAGCUAAUGCUAAAUUCUCAAACUAUCACUGAUGGCUAUACCGAAGAGUUUUUGAAACUUUUGUAGGGAGCAAAAUUAGAAGCAAAAUGCAGGAUAGUUUGAGAAAGUAUGCAUUUUUUUUUUGUCGAAUCCCCUAAAUUUCCAGAUUGAUAAAUUAGUGAAGCUUUAAGGUACAAACUCAUUAUACAGAAGAUACACGAAUCACUGUGUCAUUGAUAAAUUGAUUGAUACUACGAAAGUACUCAGGAUUGUUUUUUUUGUUUGAGGAA